GUUAGCGCACAUUUUUGAAAGCUGGAUGAGUUUUUGCCGGCUUACUCGCUUCAGUUAGUCACGGAUAUCCGUAAGUGGUUGAAAAGCCCACCAACAUUCUCCUCUGCCAAAUUGGAUACGACACCGACGCCUCCUGAUGUUGUCGUUAUAUGAAGGAGCCCCUGGACGACAGUCUGAGCCUGAUGCUAGUAGCUCCAUGGAGCCCGACCCUGGGCCUGGCAGGACCUGCAGGUCAAGUGCAACUGCGACUGGGGUAGCAUUUGGGCCACAACUAACUGUUGAAUCAGGGCGUGUGACGGACAAACCCAAACAGGUUGUGUUGAGGAAAUAUCCAGUCAAAAUGUUUGGUUAAAAAAAAAGCAAUAUCUGGUAUUUGAACAGGGACUGGCUUGCGUAGGAUACUCGGUGGAAAAGGACUCCGCAUUUUGUUAUGCCUGCAGGAAAUUCACAUCUGUAUCAUCGGACGCGACCUUCUUCAUUAAGGGGUUUAAGAUUUACAGACAAGGGCUUAAAUAAGCAUGCAGCUUCAAAUGACAGGAGGGACUGGAGAGAGGACAGGCUACCUCCACUCAAAAGUACCGGUCCCAGGAGCUCAGAGAGGAGAUUUCAUGGAGCUGUUGUUCUCUGUCUGGGGCUGCUGAGUGUUUUCCUGCUGGCUGGGAUUAUCGGCCUCGGUGUCCACUACCAUGUGUCAUUACGUGGAUCAGCUGCAGAGCUCUCCUCUAUCAAAGCCAACCUGACUGAGCGUCUCCAGGCCAGUGAUAACAAGUCUUCUUCCCUGACUGAAGAGAGAGACCGGCUGAACUCCAGCCUCACUGAAAUGGCUAAAGAGUUGGACAGGCUUAAACAGAAGAAAACGUGUCCAGCCGGAUGGAGGAUGUUCAAUUCUUCCUAUUAUCUCCUCUCUGCUGAGUCUGGUUCCUGGGAGAAAGGCAGACAAGACUGCAGAGAGAGAGGAGCAGAUCUGGUGGUGAUAGAAAGCUCUGAAGAGCAGAUGUUUCUCUCUGAAUUCAUAACAAAAAAUACUUGGUAUUGGAUUGGUCUGACUGACAGAAAUGAGGAGGGGACCUGGAAAUGGGUAGAUGGAACUCCACUGACUCUGAAGAACUGGAGGACAGAGCAGCCUGAUAAUGGCCGUGGAGAUCCACAGUGGGGCGAAGAGGACUGUGUACAAGUUGGACCUACCACCGCUGAGUGGAAUGACCUGUCAUGUGAAAAAGUCAUAUACUGGAUCUGUGAGAGACAUUGGUGUAUGUUUUGAGAUCAUACAUUUGAUAAUGCUUUUUACAGUGUAAGCUAUGAUCUCCGUCAUGUGAUGAUAUGCAUGUGUGCUUGUGUGUCCAUAACAGAGUAUCAGUGAACACAAAAUACUGGGACUAAUAUGUAUGUAAAUGCCUGAUUAAGCUAUAUAUAAUAUAAGCAGCAAUGUAACCAAUUCCUCUUCAGUCUAGUGUGUGUCACCUGGGCGUACAUGGGGACUGUUGUUUGCAAUCAAUAAAUAAUCCUUUAAAAUCAGA